AUGGCCCGCGGGGGCGCUCCUGCCGCUUUAAGGGCACGGCCGCAGCGCACCUGCCCUCACCAGGCCCGCUCCUGCUGUGACUCUCGUCGCUCUGACAUCGACGCCAUUCCUCUUCCACCCAUAUCGCCAACCCGACCGCAGCGAACACGCUCCGUUCUGGCGCAACAAUUCCGCCCUCAAUUCUGUUCCUGCGAAGCCUUCGACGGCCAGAGGAGAAAUAGCGCGCGCCGGGUGUACAAACAGCUGCGGAGAAGUGUCAUGAAUUCACGGAAUACCGGAGGCCAGGCCUUAUCAAUACGAACGGCUUCCUCGACCGCCUCUUCCCCCACCUCGUCUACGGCUGAGCCUGAGGACGACGAGAAGAUGACCAUGGCCGAAUACCACCCAUCAUCGCGGCCCCUGACCGUGUCAAUACCUAAGAGCAUCAGCUCUCAAUGCACCCGAAGACCGGGUCUUUCCGAAAUCCUUGCCAAUACCGCACCGCCGCCAUAUACGCUAAGCUCCUUCAUGGCCUUUCUGUCACAAAACCACUGUCUGGAGAACCUGGAGUUUACCAUGGACGCAUCACGAUACCGAAAACACUACUCAAAGAUGGUCAAUCGCCACCCCGGAAGCCCAAUAUCACCCCUCUCAGAUGAAUGUUCUUACGUACUCAUGCUGUGGAGGCGGUUAAUAGACGCAUACAUUCGCGAGUCAGGUCCACGAGAGGUCAAUCUUCCCGCCGAUGUGCGAGAUACUCUCCUGAAUCUCUCAGAGUCGUAUGUUCCGCCGCACCCAUCGGCAUUGGACGAAGCUGUUUCUAAAAUCUACGAAUUGAUGGAGGAGAGCGUACUGGUAUCAUUUUUGAACUCCGCUUCUCCCCAAAGCGCCUAUCCGACCACAACCGGCCAUGAGAGUCAUGACUCUAGUCUGACGCGCUCGUCCACGCGCAGCUAUGACGAGCGUACCAUCUACCACACCCGCACUCAUCCACACGCUCCCAGUCACCAGCGGGCUUCUGCACCAUCGUCGCUUACCUCCAACUUCAUGCAUCCUCGACCAUUUUCUCACUCCCGCUUCAACUCUCAGCCUGCAACCUCAGCAGGCUCGACAUCAACCCGUGUGACACCUGGCUAUGGCAGUGGCAGCGACGCGUUGACGGACGACUCUGGCAGCGGAAGCCCAUCCGGUAUGAGCGAUCCUCUCACUCCCCCUGGAACCCCUCCCAUGAGCGACUAUCCAAUGUCCGACUUCCAUCAAGCGUACUACGAGAGCGGAUCAAACAGCGGUACGCCAAGCCCAAGGACAAGCCGGGGAGAACACUCUGGCUUGGCGAACGCAACCAGGGACAGCUGGAAGCGCGUAAGCAGCAAGCUGUGGCCGAAAAAGAGAAGUGGAGGUCACCUGCGUGAGGAGGAGCAGGGAGUUGUUGAAGGGGGUCUCUUCUAA